CUCACAUAGUUAAUACCGAAAAACCAAAAAACAAAAUAAAAAAUUACACACACUGCAAAGCCAUACAAGCUUUCGUAGUUGUGUAUAUUAUCGAAAUUGGCGCCCCUUUCUCUAACAGAUCCUCUUUUCGCUUAUAUAAAAUCACACUCACACUCGUCAUCUUCACUCUCCGAUUCAAGACUCGUAUCGUCUUCUUCUACUCAGCGAUGUCGAUGCGGCGACGCACGCUUCUCAAAGUCAUCGUUCUCGGCGACAGCGGGGUUGGGAAGACUUCGUUGAUGAAUCAAUAUGUACACAAGAAAUUCAGCCAGCAAUACAAAGCUACUAUUGGAGCUGAUUUUGUCACCAAAGAAUUGCAAAUUGAUGACAGGAUUGUUACUCUUCAAAUAUGGGAUACUGCUGGGCAGGAGAGAUUUCAAAGUCUUGGGGUUGCAUUUUAUAGAGGGGCAGAUUGCUGUGUUCUAGUAUAUGAUGUAAAUGUCAUGAGGUCGUUUGAUACUCUUGAGAAUUGGCAUGAAGAAUUUCUAAAACAGGCAAAUCCAGCUGACCCCAAGACGUUCCCUUUUAUCUUGCUUGGAAACAAGAUUGAUAUAGAUGGUGGAAAUAGCAGAGUGGUUUCUGAGAAGAAGGCUAAGGACUGGUGUGCUUCAAAAGGGAAUAUCCCUUACUUUGAGACUUCUGCUAAAGAAGAUUACAAUGUUGAUGCUGCAUUUCUUUCUAUUGCAAAAGCAGCCUUAGCCAAUGAGCAUGAUCAGGACAUAUACUUUCAGGGUAUCCCUGAUGCUGUCACGGAAACAGAGCAAAGAGGUGGUUGUGCGUGUUGAGGUGGUUGUGACCGUUAGUGCUGCAUUGCAUAUGAUUUGACGGGGGCUUCUUGGUCAUUUUGAUUCCUAUUGCUUCCCUUGCUUAUUUUGUUGUGUUCAUUUUUUGUAAUCAUUGUAUACUAAGAUUGCGCGAUUUCAUUAUCCUCAGGCUCCUUUAUAAGUACCUCAGAAGAGUAGUACUUGUCAUUUCUUUAUUUAUCAAAUUUAGUGCAUGAAGUGUAGAUACUUUUAUUGAAAUAGCUGGAUGCUGGUUACCAUA